AUGAACGCAAACUGUCUACUCAGACGGCCUGUGGGCUGUCUGAAGACAGCGCUCCGUCAGACGCGCCACCAGAGACUGCUCACCCGGUCCAUGGCCACCGCCGUCGAGAAGCCUAAAGCACCACCAAAAGGCUCUGCUCGGGCACAACCACCCUUCAAACUCCCCAAGCCGGCAAGAUUCCGACCCGAAGGCAAGCCCUUGUUCUACGUCUGGCCGCAAGUCGAAACCAUCCGCUCCACCCACAAGAACCCCAUGCCCGAGCUCGACGCCAAGCAGCGCGCGACCCUCGACCCGACCGGCGCCCGAACCCGCCUCUUCGACAUCACCCGGCCCGACGCCGCCAAGGUCGGCGACGUCCUCAUGGUCACCACGAAAUCCGGCGAGCCCUUCUCCGGCGUGUGCAUCAGCAUCCGCCGCCGCGGCGUCGACACGGCCAUCCUCGUGCGCUCGCAGCUGAUGAAGGUCGGCGUCGAAAUGUGGUACAAGAUCUACUCGCCCACCGUCAUCGGUAUCGAUAUCGUCUGGCGCAGGCCCAAGCGCGCGAGGCGUGCUCGUCUCACGUACAUGCGCAAGCCGAAGCAUGACAUGGGCAACGUCGAUCACCUCGUCUAUGCUUGGAAGAAGGAGAGAUACGGCAUGCGUGCGAGGGCGAAGGGACAGGUUGGUUCGAGGUUCGAGAAGGAGCAGAAGUGA